CUGCAUGCAUUCUGUGCUUCCCUGGGUCUUGUAAUUGUCUCAUUGCUUAACUUUCUAUCCCUCAAUUCUCUCUCUCUCUCUCUCAUAAGUUACAAACACAGACAAAUACUACAACAAGAAACAACAUUUCUCCUUGUGUAUCCCCCCUCAAAACCAAACAUGUUUGCUUCUUAAUUCUUAUUCACCCCAAAGAGUUCCUACUCCUCUCAUCAAACAACAAGGUUGAAUAUCUAGAAAGAGUGGUGAGAUGUUGUUGCAAAAAUGUGUGAAGAAGCUUCACUUUGGAAGCUGGGAAGAGAAAGAGGUGGCAGCAAAGGUGAUUGAAGAAGGGUUAGCUAAACAAGAUGUUAAGGUGAGAGAGAUGGCAAGUGAGCUUGGGGUGGUGAGAGUGUUGGUUUCUAUGGCGGUUUCCGAGUUGGCGAGUCGCCGCCGAGUAGGACUCAGGGCCCUGAUCCACCUAUCCAAUGGAGGAAAUCACAGAAACAAGGUUUUGAUAUUGGAGGCAGGAAUAUCGUCCAAACUGCCUAAGAAAAUUGACCUUGAAGAUGAAUCAAUAAGUGAAUUUGCACACUUGCUCUCUUCAUUGUCAUCUCUAGGAAACAUCCAAUUUCGUCAUUCUUCGUUGCACUUUCUCCAAUUCCUCAUAGAUAUUCUCAAGUCAUGCUCAAGUUUUGAUACCAAACAAUCAUGCUUGGUGGCCUUGUGCAACAUUUCAUCUUUGUUAGAGAAUGCAGGGCCUUUGGUUUCAAAUGGGGUUGUACCUAUUCUCUUGGAAAUGUCCUUGAUGAAAGGAAGAACUUCAGAGAAAGCACUUACCAUCCUUGGAAACUUGGGGGUGACUUUGAUAGGAAAGAAGGCAAUAGAAAAUAGUUCAAUGGUGCCAAAAUGCUUGAUUGAGAUCUUAACUUGGGAAGAUAAACCUAAAUGUCAAGAAUUUUCAUCUUAUAUUUUGGUUAUUCUAGCUCAUAAAAGCUCAACACAGAGAGAGAAAAUGUUGCAGUCAGGGAUUGUCCCUGUACUUCUUGAGGUGGCUUUAGUGGGGAGUUCUUUAGCUCAGAAGAGCGCACUGAAAUUAUUGCAAUGUUUUAAGGAUGAAAGGAAAAUAAAGAUGGGACCACAUUCAGGCCCACAGACUUCAAGAACUGCAAAGGAAUCAAUUGUAAAGCAAAGGGAUACAAAAGAAGGGAAGAGAAUGAUGAAAAAAAUUGUGGUAGAAAGUUUGCACAAGAAUAUGGAAAUAAUAACUAAAAGAGCACAUGGAGCUGAAGAUGAUUCUAAUAAGCUGAAGUCUCUUGUUAUCAACACAAGUUCCAAAAGUUUGCCCUACUAAGGGUCAUUCUAAAAUUUGAAGGUGACUCCAUUUAGCAGUGUAGACAGCCAUUGAUGGUUCAAUUUAAGAGAAAGCAAUUUUAUCUGGAAAAGUCAUCUUCAUGAAAGAAAUCGUACCGUUUCUUUUUACAAUGGUUGUAUAUCUUCACCAAUAUAAAUGAAGAAAUUUCAUUUUCAGAGUAAAA